AUGAGCGGCCUUGCAUCCAAGCAGCAGUCGCUCAAGAUCUUUGAGAAGUUGAAGUCUAAGUCAGCGAACAAGAAAAACCCGACCUGGACCUCGGUUCCCCUGGGCAUCUACCUGUGCCUCGAUUGCUCCGCCAACCAUCGCAACCUCGGCGUCCACAUCUCCUUUGUUCGCUCUACCAACCUCGAUCAAUGGCAAUGGGACCAGCUGCGUGUUAUGAAGGUCGGCGGCAAUGAGUCGGCCACCAAGUUCUUCCAGUCCAACGGCGGCUCGGCCGCGCUGAACAGCAAGGACCCCAAGACAAAGUACACGUCAGCCGCGGCGACCAAGUACAAGGAGGAGCUUAAGAAGAGGGCCGCCAGGGAUGCCAAAGAAUACCCCGAGGAGGUGGUCAUCACCGACAACGUCGAGGGUACCGAGGGUGGAGACACCCCUGUGGAAGAUGAAGACGACUUUUUCUCCUCGUGGAGCAGGCCCGCGGUUAAGAAGCUGAGCCCGCCCAUCUCGCGCACCGGCACACCCCCGGUCGUCGGGCGCACCCCAUCCCCCUUCCUGAACACGCAGAACGGCAAGGACACGGCGCGCUCCCCGUCACCGCUUGCCAAGGGUGCCGAGUCCGAGGCGAAGCCCGCUUCCAGCCGCAUUACCACGUCGGCCGCGAUUAGGUCGAGCGCGACAGGCCCGCGCAAGGCCAACAUCCUCGGUGCCAAGAAGGUAACCUCGAAGCUCGGCGCUAAGAAGCUCGGCGGCGACGUCAUGAUCGACUUCGACGAAGCCGAGAAGAAGGCCAAGGAAGAGGCCGAGCGCAUCGAGAAGCUCGGGUACGACCCCGACGCCGACGAGGAGACAACUACUACGUCCAAGGCGGCCGGCAAGUCUGAGUCGGCCAUCGUCUCGCCCACCCCCGUCAGCCCCGCGCGCGGCGGCUACUCACACUCACGGGAGAAGUCAGCUAGCGAGGUCGAGCGCCUCGGUAUGGGCAUGAAACGGCUAGGGUUCGGGCAGGUCGGCGGAAAGCCAGCUGGUGCCGCCGCCGCGAAGAAGGGCGCUGCUGCUGGUGGAUUUGGCUCAGUCGGCCCUAUCAAGGCCUCUCCUGACGACGACGGCGAAAACUACGCGCGCAAGAAGUUCGGCACGCAAAAGGCCAUCUCGUCGGACGAGUUCUUCGGCAAGGGCAUGUUCGAGUCGGGCGCCCAGGCCGAAGCCAAGUCGCGCCUGCAGGGGUUCGAGGGCGCCCAGGCCAUCUCCAGCAACGCCUACUUUGGCCGCAACGAGGACGACGAGCGCGGAAUGGGCGGCAUGGGCGGUGGCGGCGGCGGCGAAGACUACGGCGACCUCGAGACGGCCGCCAAGGACUUUGUUCGCCGCUUUGGCAUCACUGCUGCUGAUGACUUGGAGAACUUGUCCCAGCUGGUGGGCGAGGGUGCGGGAAGGCUGCAGGGUGCGAUCAGGGCUUAUUUGGGGAGUUAG